AUGCUGAGCCAGCACGACUCAAUGAGUCAACUCGCUCAGGACAUGUUCUCCCACGAAACCAACAACAACAACAUCAUCAUGCUUGCAGCCAUUAUUUCUCUCCUUCUCGUAAUCCUCUUCGUCCCUCCUUCUACAUGUCUACGCCAAAUGCUUCCUAGCUCACUCAACUCACUGUCAAUUCCCCGCGCCGGCAACCUCCGGCGAAUCAAUUGCCCAGUUUGUAGAUCUUUGAUUGUUGACGAUGAUUCUCGUGAUGCUGGUGUUGAGAUUGUGAUUGGUAGUCCAAGAAGUUAUGAGAUUAGUGAAAGUGGUUCCGUUUCUGUAUCAGAAACUUCUUUGUCUUUGUUUGGGUUUUCUUUCAAGAGAAUUAUUAGCAAAGUUUUUCUUUCUUCUCAUGUAAAUCAAUUAGAUCAUGCUUCACAAUGA